AGCGUGCCGCAGUCUCGGAUCCCGAGGACGCACACACACACACACACACGCAGAGACACACAUUCACACGAGUCGAUACUGUCUUUCCUCAGCGCAGACAUCCCGCGCGUUAACGAGUCGCUCUUGCCGUUCUCUCUCUCUCUGUCAACCGACUGUCAAUCCGUCGGAACAUCACACAUCGGGUUCUCGAUCCGUUUUCUCGAACCACGGGCCUGUUUUGUGACAAGUGGCAAGUGAGCAGAGGAUAUCCAGCUUAAGCUCCGUUUCGUUCCAACCAUGGCACCGCACACCAGCUACACGCCUGUCGCCAGUAUGGAGUACGAGGAGCCAGUGUCGAGGACGUACCAAUAUAGAAAGGUGAUGAAGCCUAUGCUGGAGAGGAAGAGGCGAGCCAGGAUCAAUCGUUGCCUGGACGAGCUGAAGGAUCUGAUGGUGACGGCUCUGCAGGCCGAGGGAGAGAACGUGGCCAAGUUGGAGAAGGCUGAUAUCUUGGAGCUCACCGUUCGUCACUUACACACCCUCAGAGCUGCCAGGAGGCUAACUCUCACGCCUGAGAACAGCUAUGCCGACAGAUUCAGGGAAGGAUUCACUCAGUGCGCGCAGGAGGUGUCUUCGUUCCUGUCCACCCCUGUCGCAGCCGCUGUCCAUCCCGCUGCUGGUGCUCAGUUGAUGAGACACCUGGGUGGCUGCCUUCGGAGACUAGAGGGUCCAGCUUCGAGCACCAUCUCUGGCACCAAUACUGCCACCACGACGGUCACUACUGUCGGCAAAACGACACCAGCUGUCAGUCCAGUUGCGAACGUGAUGAUCAACGUACCCCAGAACGUCUACACGCCACCGCAGAGCCCUGUCAGCGUGGCUAGCUCCUCCGGCGAGUCCACUGAGUCCUCUAACGCUGUUUGGAGACCGUGGUGA